UCGGACUAAUAGGGGACGCCGGUGCCUUGUCCUACCUUAGACCAUUCUAAAUUCGGCAGCUGGUUUCGUAUACUUUCUGUAAGCACGGUAAACGACUAUGGCGCAAAAUAGCAGCUGCAGGAAUAGACCUAAUAUACUUAUCACCGGAGCUCCGGGCACAGGGAAGACGACUACGGCGUCUGCCCUGGCGGAGGUGACACAACUCCGCCACAUCAACGUCGGCGACUUUGCUAAUGAGAAAAACCUGAGCAACGGCUGGGAUGAUACCUUCGAUUGCUACUACAUCAACGAAGACCUCGUAUGUGAUAAGCUUGAAAACUUGAUGGAAGAAGGUGGAAACAUCAUUGAUCAUCAUGGCUGUGACUUCUUUCCUGAACGUUGUUUUGAGCGUGUAGUGGUGCUUCAAACUGAGAAUUCUGUCUUAUAUGAUCGGUUCAUUAAGAGAGGUUACUCAGGUCAAAAGCUUUCUGAUAAUGCUAAAUGUGAUAUCUUUCAAGUUUUGGUGGAGGAGGUAAAAGAGAGCUAUCCAGAGGAUAUUGUGGUCAUACUAAGAAGUGAUUCUGCAGAGGAUAUUACCAAAAAUGUGGAGACACUGACCACUUGGAUUAGUAAUUGGAGCCCUGUCUUAUGAUUAAUGUAUCUGAAGAGAUGUAACAUGGCAUAUUAAGCUACUUAACCGGGAUCGAAGUUAUGUUCUACGGUUUAACUAUUUGGUUGAGGUUUCUUGUUCUCUUUCACAUAUAUAUCGGCGGGGAUGUACUGAAUGGGUUUGCGUUAUCCUUUCGUUUAGCAGAAAUGCAGGCUUAAAUAUUAUGCCCAAUGAGUUCUCUGAGCAGUAUUUGCCUUUAUACUUUCAUGUUACAGUUUCCUAGUGGGAACAUGUUAAGCUCAGAUGGAACUAUUUCUGUUUUCCGUUACUUAACUACAAACUAAAAAGCCAGGUCUUUUGUGUUU